AGCCACACUACUUUUUCUUUUAUAAAAUGUAUGAUCUUAAAGCUAGCGUUCAAGUUUCGGUUGACUAGUUUAAUUGAGAUCUUGGAUUCCGUUUCGUUCUUCUACCGCUUAUAUUCCACUUUGGCUGACGGUGCAAAAGAUUUGUACUCGCAAUUCUUUUGUUUGUGGCCCCUAUAAAAGUGUUGCCCCUCGAUUCCAGUGGCAUCAGUAUCCGCUUGGCAAGCACCUAAGCAACUCCAAGUCGACAUGCGUCCGUUCGCGAUUUGCUCUGCUCUGCUGGCCCUGGCCGCCUUGGGCGUGGCCAGUCCUUUGAGCAACAGCUACUUGCCGCCCCAGGCCAAUGCGUAUAGUAGCUACAGCUCGGCUGGAUCGAGCGCCGCCAGCUCCUAUGCACCGACACGCUCGCAUGGAUAUGCCCCAUCAGCCAGCUAUACAACGCCAUCUCGACAGUACCUGGCGCCAACCUCAUCCCUGAGCAGCUAUUCGACGGCAGGUGCCAGUAGCUACUCUGCCCCAGCUAGCUCUCUCAGCAGCCAUUCAUCGUCCACCUCAGCAUAUGCACCCGUGGCAGCCCCCUCUCGUCAGUACCUGGCGCCAUCAGCAUCUCGCAGCAGCUACUCUUCCUCUGCCUCAACAUAUGCACCUGUAGCAGCUCCGUCUCGUCAGUACCUGGCGCCAGCUGCGUCCCACAGCAGCUACUCUGCUCCAGCUGUCUCCCACAGCAGCUAUUCCGCUCCAGCCGCAUCCCACGGCAGCUUCUCUUCCUCUGCCUCAACAUUUGCACCUGUAGCAGCUCCCUCGCGUCAGUACCUGGCUCCAGCUGCGUCCCACAGCAGCUACUCCGCUCCAGCUACCUCCCACAGCAGCUAUUCCGCUCCAGGCGCAUCUCACGGCAGCUACUCUUCCUCUGCUUCAACAUAUGCAUCUGUAGCAGCUCCCUCUCGUCAGUACCUAGCGCCAGCAGCAUCUCACAGCAGCUACGCCGCUCCAGCCGGCUCCCUCAAUAGUUAUUCGUCGCCAGCUCGUUACGCUUCCUCCCAUGGAGUUGGAUUGGGUGCGUACGCAACAGCUUCAUCCUCUUCCGCUCGUAGUUUUGGGCACGGCUCUGGAGGAUCGCACCAUGCAAGCGGAGGUGUCUAUGGUCACAGCCGCUCUGCAGGUGGCACUCGCUACGCCGCCAACGGUGGAUAUGCAUACCGUCAUAAGCACUAAUCUGAUCUCUACAUUCUACUAUUAUAAAUCGGGCUAAAGGUUUACAGCUUUCAUAUAUUUAAUUGUUUUUUUUUUUAUCAUAAAUUUUAUAAUUACUUUGUGUAUAAAUA